AUGUUACUAACAUUUAUUGAUUAUCAUUUAGGUAAUUAUGGUGCAUAUCAAAAACAGCAACAUCAACAACAAGUUGAAUAUGAACAACAGCAACAGCAACAGCAACAGCAACAACCAAAUGUAGAGAAUAGAAAAACAGAAACAACAAGAUAUGACACCACUUCAAAUGGCCAACGAAGAGUUUCAAGCGGCCAUCGAGCAGCCAUCGAGCAUAUCACUCCAAACAAAGCAGAGGAUGACGAUGAAGAACAAACCGAAUGGUUAUUAAAAGACAAAUCUUCAAUCAAAAUGUUACUAAUAUAA